AUGACAAUUGAGGCACUCAAGAUCCCAGACGUGCAAUAUAUAGAUGUAAAAUUAUUGGAAGGUGAACAUCUGACAGAAGAAUAUCAAAAGCUAAAUCCGCUACAUACCAUACCGAUGUUGAAGGAUGACGACUUCGUGGUAUGGGACAGUCAUGCAAUAUGUACCUACUUGGUAACUGUCUAUGGAGAUGAUGACAGUCUGUACCCAAAAGAUCCUAAGAAAAGAGCAAUUGUGGAUCAACGUUUACAUUUCGAUACUGGAACACUUUUCCCGGCAGCUCGUGGUGCAUUUGAACCUGUUUUAUAUUGGGGUGAGAAAAAAUUUAAAGAGGAAAGUCUAAAAAAAAUUCAGAGCGGUUACGAGUUCACUGACAAACUUUUGACAUCAAACUGGAUAGCUGGUGACGUUGUGACGUUGGCUGAUAUUUGUUGUAUCACCUCUAUUAGUUGCAUGAAUGAAAUACUACCGAUUGAUCAAAAUAAGUACGUAAAUCUUUGGGCCUGGUUUCAAAGAUGUUCGAAACUGCCACUAUGCAAGACUGUAAACGAACCGGGCUUAAAAGACUUUCGAGAACUGUUGAAAUGGAAGCUGGAAUAA